AUGGCGGAUAUUCUCUCGCGACUCCCGGUCGAAUGCCGGGCCCUUGUGCUAUUGAACGUCGAACUCGAAGACUUGGGUCGCACCCAGCAGGUCAGCAAGGGCUGGGGCACUAUUACACGAGGGUACUUGAGGGGCUACGGCCGGACCGACCACUUACCACCGUACUGGCAGCCAACCAAGUUACCCGGGGCAACCGAUUUCAAAAAGGACCGACGCAUUAAAAAAGCGGUCGUUAAGUAUGCUGAACGCAGGAGGAUGCUGGAUGGGAGGGCUUCCAGCUGCCGCAGAUACAAGUGUAUGUCGAUGUUUGGAGCAGAUUAUCUGUUGUCCAAUACCGGAAAGUAUCUUGCAUGGGUAUCGUCUAAUGGUGACGUCUGCUGGCAAGACCUCACGCCCCUGCCUGAUGGACAGCUGAACCGGAUUAGCAGCGUGGUUACGGCAGCGGCCUAUGGUGCAAUGGGAGGGCAGUUCCUAUCCGUGAACAGCGAUGGCGUCUUGCACACGCGCCUCUUCCCUGGGCACGAAGACGUCGUUGUUAAUCUUGGAACCGGCGCGGUCCUGUGGAAUUCCGGCGCUUCUACCCAUACUGAAUGCUUCCUUGCCCUGGGCAGGCGUUAUAUCUACCUUGGGUGCAGCGGGGCCUCCCUUCUCGGGCCAGAUUGGGGCGAGAUCACGGCACAGAAGAUCUGGGACGGUCCAUCCUGGGACGGCUUCUGCCGGGUCCCGAUCACGCACAAAAACACCGCCAACAGCUUCAUCGCUCGACAGGGGAACCGGCCAGGACCUUUUCGCCAACCAGAAGUGCUAGUCACCUUCCACUGGGUCCAGGCCGCUCCCUUAAGUCCCACCUGGAAUCCAGCGGGUAUCAUACUAAUUGACGGUCAGACGGGGGCCAUUCUCCAGACCAUCCCCCUAUCAUUCUUCCUUGGUCGUGUGAAGCUCAUACCAUGCCCUGACAACGACUCCGAGUUUGCCGUCAUCUCGGAGACCAAAGUGACGGACCCUCACUAUUUCUGUCGCAUCGAAAAGUUCACCUUCGAUCGCGACACCGAUCUCUGGAAGAACAUUUCCGUCGAGAUCCUGGACGCUGGGCCACGCCCGCCCUUGCUCAACAACGACGGCCACAUCGGCGACAUGGACAUCGAGCCCUGGCGCUACGUCGCCGUCGUCUUGAACGCUCGCCGCGCGUCCGCACGCCGCCCAUUCGACCCAUACCCCCUAUCGCGCCCCUUCAUGGCGGAGAUCAAGUUCGGCCCAGCACCCGGAAACCCGCCUGCGCUGCCGAACAACCACCAGGUCCCCGCAGGCGCGCAGCAGCUGCACCUCGUGCGGAAAGGCCCCAUAAGGCUUCCCGGUCUGAGAGCGGCUCGGAAGGGCCGGAGGGAUUUCAAGCCUGGGAAUGGCUUGGGCAAGAGGAGGAAAUGCCGUGUCGCCUUUUGCGGGGGAAAUCACGUUCUCCUCUGGGACGAGCGUUUCAACGAGCAGGUGUUGUUUGAUUUUGGGCCCAGGCGGAGAAUUGAUAUGGGGAUGGCGGCCAAUCCGAAUCCCAACCCGAAUACGUUGGAGGAGCGUUGA